AUGGCGAAACUUGCUUGCUUCUUCAUCUUCGUGGUGCUUGUCGAGCUCGCACUCGCUGCGAGCCGCACCUCACCGCCUUCUGGCGCGAUUGUGGUGCGUGCGGGGACGAGCACGUCGGGAGAGUACAGGACCGUCGCGUCGGCGGUUGCUGCACUGCCGAACGACAGUUCGUCGCGCUCGAUCUUCAUCUAUCCAGGCACGUACAACGAGCAGGUGUAUAUCACUCGCUCGGGUCCGUUGACUAUCUACGGCUACACCACGAACACCGAUACCUACACCGCAAACCAAGUGACAAUCCAAGCAGGAGUACCCGCUAGCCAGGCCGGCUCGAACGACGCCAGCGGCACCCUACGGAUCCACAAAGAUAAUUUCAAGCUGUACAAUGUGAACGUAAAGAACACAUACGGUCAGGGCUCGCAAGCGAUCGCGAUCAGCCAGUAUGGGAGCAAAGUCGGUUUGUACGCGUGUGGGUUUUAUGGGUACCAGGAUACUCUGUAUGCGAACCAAGGGACGCAGGUUUAUUUGAAGGGUUAUAUCGAGGGAGCGACUGAUUUUAUCUUCGGAAGACGAGGUCAGGCGUAUUUUGGAGGCAACACUAUUGCGGUAAAAGCCAAUGGCUGGGUCACUGCAAGCGGCAGGGAGUCAGACGAUAAUGGGAGCUACGUGUUCAACCAAAACAGCAUCGUCCUCGCUUCAGGCGCUUCGUCCUAUCUGGGUAGACCAUGGGGAAACUACGCCAAAGUAAUCUUCAAGGACACCUACGUAACCGCGCCGCUCAACAAAGCCAUGUGGUCCGUCUGGAACACGGGCGACGAGCGCACCGACCACGUCUUGUUCGCCGAGUACAACACCACCGGCAGUGGCGCGGCUGGGGCGUCCCGGCCCAGCUUCGCGACGGUGCUGAGCGCGAGCCAGGCGAACGCGUACACGAUCUCGAGCGCUGUGGGAAGCGAUUAUGCGAGUUGGGUGGAUGCAGCGUACCUUGUGUAA